AUGCCGUCUUCGAGAAAAUUGUCGCCUUCGCCAGUGCCUGGUUCUUCAAAAACUCUGACCUCAGAAUUCUACAACAAAGCGAGCCCUAACUCUGUCGCAAUCCGAGAUACUAAUGGCGACACCACGUACGGUUUGCUCGCGUUCAGAGCCCAAACCACUGCUGCGUAUCUCAAAUGUAAUUUAAGGGAGAACACCAAACGCGUCAUCCUACUUUACACAAGAGAUGCUUCUGACGCUAUCACGGUACUUCUUGGCAUUAUGUCAUGCGGCUUACAUUGCAUUAUCCUUCAGGCUGAGAGACCUUUCGCAACUGAAUGCCUGGCCCGCAUUUGCCAAGCCUUCAAAACCGAGUACGUAGCGUAUACGUCAAAGGUUGAAACACCAAAAUACAUCAAAGGAGUACGAUUUAUCCAGAUCGGACCUGAGGAAUGGGAUACUAGAAGUGGCCAGCCAUUUCUAGACGAAGCUCGGCCAGAAGGCGCUGCUGUCAGUAUACACUACCUAACAAGUCAGGUAGCAAAAUCAACAAAAGUCGCGGCCCAUGUUGACGAAGUGGAAGACCUGCACCUGAAAGUCACGACGCAUGCAGAGUUUCUGAGCAAUGUUGGGCGAUUUGGGCAAGAUCUCUGCAUCAAGCCCGGUGAUAAUGUGUUGGUGCUCAACUGUCAAUUGGAGCUCUCCCUUCUAGCAGUAUUAGCCUGCCUAUGCCAUGGCGGAACCCUGGUUCUCCGUGAUGUGCAUCAUUACAAUGGAAUUAAUCAUAUCAAAGUUCUUGUGUGCAGUCCUGCCCUCUUAGCGACUUACCGUCGCGCCGAGUUUCCAGAACUGCACGCUCUGGCGACCGGCCCCGACAGUGAUGUAUCGACGGCCCUUAAGACUCUCUGGGAAGGCGAACAGGUGCACGUUUGCCUGUGGCAGUCUCGUCAACGCGCGCUCGUGAGAGACACCAACGGAGACUGCGACUCAGCCACAAAAUCCAUGAUGCAUGAGAGAGGCGUACUCUUUGCGGUAACAUUGAGCGUAUCGAACAAGUUACACAGCUUCAUCAUUUUAGAUGGCUACGUUGACCUACCAACGUUGAAGAACAGUCUCUUCGAGAACUGGCCACUACUCUACGGAAAGCUCGUCUUUCACGAACGACCCCAAGUGCGGAUCCUCUCUGACGGUUCUGCCGACAUUUCAGCACUCGAGCGCGAGGUUCGCCUAUCAGCUGGGGCUAUCCACGACACCGGUGUCAGCACUUUCUUUCGCCGGCUGCGCAUGGUACCUCUGGCGUCGGUGGUAAUUACAGUUACGAAUUUAACCCUGGUCCCAAUUGCGAUUCAGCAGACCAAGAGCGCAUACUCUCUUGCUGCUGCUAACAUUUGCCUAGCCAUGCUAUCGCAGCAGGAUGCCGCUGUCAGCUUUGCAUAUUUGCUGCUACGCCCAUGUAUGUGCGAUGGGGCGCUAGCAGGGUUUCUGCCACUGUGGGUAAAGCACCGAAUGGCGGACGUCUUCUGUGAUCGCACUAUGCUGCACGUAGCAUUGGGUGUCUGGGCCAUGUGCUGGUUACUAUGGUUUGCCAUUGCAAAAUCUGUUUCAAGAUGGGCUAGUGAGGACUCGGGCCCGGUCACGUCAUCGUUUGUCGCCGCCGUGGUUGUCUGGACGCUGUUGGUAGCCUACGUUGCAGUGAUGCUAGCCUCUGUGCAGCUGCUGAGGUAUUCCCGGUCGCGAGGCCAGAGCAGAGUCUUGCGCCACAUACACAAGUCAGGCAGCUUGGCCGUGUGGCUCAUGACGCUGGUGACUGCCGUGUUCCAGCGAAUCGUGAGUCGAGAGCAGGGGCUCUGGACACUUGGCCGUCGCAUUUUUGGCUCGGCGGAUGUCUGGGUGCUUCUUGUCCCGCUCAUCGGCCUGGGCAUCCCGUGGAUGACCUUGCGGAAGACGACAGCUUGCUAUCGGCGGCCCAUUGCUGAUCAUGAGUUGUGGGAGGUUCGCGGCCGCCGCGCGUUGUCCUUUGGCGCCCGGCGCUGGGUCACGGCAAGCAGCCCCUUGACAAGCAACUGGCAUUGCGCUGUUGCUAUUGCUUCCAAUGGUGACGGCCACGCUUGGACGGCUCUUGUAGGGCGUGAUUUUGCAGGACCCGGCCUGCAGCCAGCCCAACGCCACACCAUUUGGUUACAACAGCUCCCCAUACGUCGCGUGCUGAGUGCAACGCACUUCUUUCAGAGCGUUGUCAUACUUGCCAUCGGCAAGGCCAUCCUGGCCGUGGCCGGCACGACGCCGCGGUUCCUGGUCUGGUGGGCAGCGGAGCAGGAUCUUGCCAAACUUUCAAAGAAACUCGGCGCAAUGCAGGAGCUCCGCCAAGUGCCGCACCACGAAACCCCCGAAACGGUCGCACGAGAGGUUAUGGCAGAGGCAGAGUCUAGACAGGCGCAGGCCAUUUUCGUGGUCGGCGGCGACGUGGCAGUCCGUGGGGCCGUGAGCGCCCUACGCAUGCGCAGUCACUUGCCAGUGUAUGCGGACGUGUACGACAGCCAGGUAGGGGCCUAG